AUGACUCAGGCAGCACUAGGAAUGAGCCAUCAGAUGUAUUCUACACCGAGAGGAUCCACAGAUCGGCCGAGGUUAAGUAACCGAGGCUAUUACUCGGAUCUUUCUGACCGUUCGAUGUAUUAUCAUAGAAGAUCGCUGAUAGACGAUGGAGCGGAUUUCGAUGCUGAACUCGAAGAGKCAGAGUGCGUAUUCUACAAAACAUUUAUGUUCACCAUGUGUUUAGUUAGACUGACUAUACGCCGCCUCCAGUUCGACCUCGAAGCUUUGGCAGAGCGGACAUCRAUAUUAKCAAUAGACUUUAUUCUCUUUGUUGUGAAUCCUAGRGUUGAAUACCGCCGUUCUCAGCAGCGACCCCAAAGUUUUGGAAGAAUAGACAAGUUAGAGAGAGAGGAUAUUGACUACARUWCUGAURCAAGAGCUCGUCUCGUAAGACGAACCAAGUCUGAUUUCUUUGAAAGACCAGAGGACGAGAGAUCGUCACUCGACCAACAAGCAGAUUCAGCAAUGCAUCGAAGCAGCAUGGAGAACCUUGCGUCUCUAUCGAGUCCGCCAAACGUUCGCUCAUUCAAAGACCAAGAGACGAUGAUUCAAGAAAUUAAGAAAGAAAACUUCGACUUGAAACUUCGUCUUUACAUGGAACAAAAAGAACGAGAGAAAUUAAAUGAGGAGUUUCAACAAAAGGUUGUCGUACUAGAAACAGACCUGACAGAAUCUCUAGAUGAAUUAAGUGACGCUUUGGAACGCGAAAAGGAUUACGAAAUAUCGCUAAACAACGCCCGACGACGCGAACGUGCRCUCAUGACCAAGUUACGUCGCUACGAAGAGACUAUGCGUGAACAAGACGAAGAAAUCAAAUAUCUUGUCGAAACUAARUCGACACUAGAUCUCUCUCAGGGGCAACCUUGUGAUGCCUCKACGCAGACAGAACGGCCAGGRUACUAUGAAGAAAGAGGRAUUGAUAUCGGUAUGACSAAAGGAGUUCAAAUGCGGCAUUCCUCACGAAGUCUUACUAAGAAYUCAGAAGUUCGCAGCUCUUCGCGAAGUCAUGCMUCUUCAACGGAUCGCACGGAUGCGGGAAAACCAACGGAAAAACAGCCACCAGAAGGGGUGGAUYUGCUCAAUCACGAAACCAUUUCUCGAAAAGAAGAAAUCUUAGGAGAGGCWAGAAGGAGAAGGACACUUAAAUCUAAGAAAGAUAAACAACGGAAAAAGGCUCUUAAUGAAAUGCCUGAAGCUGAUCAGACACAGAAARCAACGAAAAAGAAGAAAAAGUCACUUUUUCAAAAGUUUUUAUGCUGUGGAAGCUCGAAUUCUAAGUCCGUGGAAACAGACAUUUAUGAAAGAAGAAUCUAAAUUGAAUUUAAAGAUCCAGAGAAACUUACAUGUUGUACACGUUGUAGUUGUGCCUUCGAAGAAGCUGCGGUGUAUUGGCCACACAUAUGCGCCUGAAAAUGGAAAAAAUUCUCUUUGACAUACAGUAACUGUUGGUCAGUAAAUGGUCGAGCAGAAAUCCUAUAAGUUCUCUUAGAAAUUUGGAAAUUAUUUCAUCUGUGAUCAUUGUUCAUGUGGGGAUAAUCGAACAAGGAUACGUUGCAGUUUGUUAUCAUGCAUAGUUGAUGUUCUUAGAUGGCAACGCUCAUUAAACAUGGUCGAUAUAACUUGAUCGGACGAUGUGCUGAGCGAUGUUCUAUCUACAUGUUUGAAGGACUAUUUUGUGGUCUUCCUGUGGUCUUGUUACUCGUACCAGGUGAUCGUGCAACAUCCAGGAAAUCUUCCUGAUCUCGUGCAGUAUUUCCAAGGGGGAUUGUCAGGAAGACGACGAUAUACAAUAUGAAGGCUCCUCAGCCUUCUUGCUGUUCUCCGAAGAUUUUUUCUUGGAUUUGUACAGUACUUAGAGAUCAGAGUCUUCAAUGGUUGCUAUGAAGACAAUCAGCAUUUACAUUAUCAACAUCCUUCGUGGUGCGCUCGGAAGAUCUUCGUCGUGUUUUUAUUAUACAGCUUGUCCGGUGCAGGGUCUUCAGGAAGAUGACAAUGGUCACUUCGUAGAGUGCUCGGGAUAGCUUCGUCGUUGUUUCGUACAGCAAUUUUAAUCGAGGGUUUCACGAAAGAGGACAAUGGUCACUGUGAAGACUCAGCUUUUUAUUAUCAGCAACCUUCGUAGAGUGCUCGGGAUAGCUUCGUCGUUGUUUCGUACAKCAAUUUUAAUYGAGGGUCUCACGAAAGAKGACAAUGGUCACUGUGRAGACUCAGCUUUUUAUYAUCAGCAACCUUCGUAGAGUGCUCGGGAUAGCUUCGUCGAGGACAAUGGUCACUGUGGAGACUCAGCGUUUUAUCAUCAGCAACCUUCGUAGAGUGCUCGGGAUAGCUUCGUCGUGGUUUUGUGCAGUAUUUCUAGUAGAAAAUCUUCAGGGGAUAAAAAGUACUGUUACCGAAAUCCUCCAAAUGGUGCGCUCGGUAGAUGAUCGGAGACUCCCAAGAAUCAACGCCAAUGAAUUCUAUCUUAAUACAGUUUAAGGUUAUUGUUGCGUCUCUUCUCUUAAAUCAAUGUAUAAUAUUUUAAGGUCAGACAGAAAAUGUUUUAAAACGUUCAUAGACUUAAUUAAUAGUGACACAAAAGAUUAUUACGCUAUUUACAUAAUAUUUUAUAAAUCUAUAUUCAGUUUCUAAACGUUGAAGUCCUUUAGCAAGAAUUUUAAUCAAAAAUCCGAUCGUUCAAUUAUGUCAUAUACAUCACAAAACCUCUCUAUCUUGAACUCCUACGACCAUAUAUUUCUAGUGAACUUUAAUAACUUGAAUGCGUUCAUGAAUCCCCAUAAUGUCUAAUCAGUACGUUUUGGGAGUUCGGAUUACUGGGGUUUACUGUAGCUAUAUUUGAAUAACGUUAGCAGUACAGUUGAGCCCCUAUUUAGCGGUCACCUAUGGGGAAAACAGGGAGAUCGAUUAAUAGAGGUUCGACUGGUUAUGUUCAGAACAACUAUAAUUUCUAUACAACCUAUAUUUCAUAUUCUUGAUACUCAAUCAAACAUCAAAUUUAUAAAUAUAUUUUAGGUAUAGUUUGACAAGCGCACAUUCAUGCAUUUCACCAAAAUGUAUUUUAUACAAUUCUAUGAUAUUUUAUUAGCUAAAUUCUAGAGCAAGACGCUUGUAAACUAGCAGACUAUCAACUGCUAUUUAUUUGAGCUUUGUACGUCCUCUGUAAGGGUUCUUUUGUACUGCACUCCAUUUCAUUUCAAGGCAAUCUAAAAGCGAUUGUAUUAAUAGUCUCCUUCACGGUUCUCUGCGCCAUCUUGAAAGGUAGCCUUGCCUUUACAUCGAAGCGAGACAACCGUUGAGUGUGUAAUGAUAGAGACAUAUAAUUGUCUGUGGGUAUGAAAGAAGGUUUCAAAAGUCGUCUCGCUUCGAUGCAAAGGCACGGAUAACUUUCAAAAUGGCGAAGGGAACCGUGAAGAAGACUAUUGAAAUGUUUUAGAGGUUUAGUUAGUUUGCAGGAAUGAACCGGCUUUCACUUUCCAUGCUACCCUCGACAGUGUACUAUGCCCACUCUCUUUCUGCAAAAGGCUUGGUCACUGUUCAAGAAGGUGGCUGGAAAUGACAGAGACUCCCCACAAACGGGCAAUUUUUGAAUCCUUCUAUGCCAACGCWAAAAAGGAUUAAAAAGAUCAUUUGUUUGCAGGGUAGCUAUGAAAUAUCUGACACACACUGUAUAAAUUGCAAAAAGUCUGCAUCUAGACAAUAUGUAAUUCUUAGAAUAUUUAAUAAGAAUUUUAAUCAAUUGAUGUAAACAUUAUGCAAGCGCGAAAAGGCAUGUAAAUAGUAUAGAUUAUAAAUAUUUUAAUUGAAAUUCAAUAAAUAGUUUAAACUUA